AUGAGUCUAGGGAGAUAUGUCUUCGUCUUCCUACUGUGUAGCAUUGAGUUUUUGUUAUGCAUAGCCAAAUUGAGUCUGCACUCUCACUAUUCGAAUGAUGGAAAAACUUCGCACAACAAAAAGUUUUUCGUAAACGGUCCAUCCUGCAAGAUGCCCCAAAUGGAUCCUUUUUCCGCUGACAUUAUGAAGUUCUUUAAACGAAGGCAGUUCAGGAAGUGUUGCACUGAUAAAGAUUUGGUAGUAAGUGAAUUCGAUUCGGACCUACGACAAUACAGGAUCAAAAUUGAUGAGCAUUUAGCUGAGCAGCUCUUAAAAAAGUUCCAUAAUGCAACACUCAAGUGCACAUAUCAGGUGAUAGGCCGCAAUAAGAAAUCUUCAUUUCCGGAUAAAGAUUUUAGUCUUUCCAAAGCUCAAACCAUAAAUCAAUCGUUUGUGGUACCAAAGACCAUAGACUUUAUCUUUACACAAUGCCAUGCUGUAAUUGAAAAAACUGAAGUGAAACUUCUUCAGAAGGACGCCUUUCUGUUUGUGCAGGAUCGCCUGGAGCACAGGCAGAAGGAUCCAGAGGAUCCUCCUCCAGAUGUGGAGUCCAAGCCGAAUGUGAUCAUCCUGGGCAUUGACUCCACAUCCCGCAUGAACCUAAGACGCUCUAUGCCCAAGGUGCAUAAAUUCCUGCAAAGACCAGGAUGGUUUGAGAUGCAGGGAUACAAUGAGGUCGGUGAAAAUACCCUACCCAAUCUUUUGGCCUUACUCACUGGAAAUGCCGAGGAAAAAGCUAAAUUGAAUGGUCGAUUCAGGCGCAGCGGAUUUAUUGACAAAUUAAAGUACAUUUGGCAGCUGUUUAAGCAGAAUGGCUACAUGACAGCUUUCGGAGAAGACAGCGGUAAGAUCAACGCAUUUGACAACCACAAUCCGGGUUUCAAGAAGCAGCCAGUGGAUUACUAUCUUAGAAACUUUAUUGUGGCCUUGGAAAGUAUUUUAAAGACCAGGCGCGAAUUUGGCAAUGUUUUCUGCCUCGGACGAAAGUUGGCUUUCAAAUACUUAUCUGACUUUGCCAUGCAGUUUAUGCAACGCUUUCAGAAUGCAGCACCCGUUUUUGGAAUCUUUUGGAGCAAUAGUUUCACCCACGAGGAUUUCCUGGGAGCCACUGCCUUGGAUCAGGUGUUCUUGGAAUACCUUUUGCUAUGCGACAAACUUGGCUUUUUGGAUCGUUCAAUAGUGAUAGUGUUGAGUGAUCAUGGCUAUAAAAACGGUGUGUCCCGACAGCGUUCAAAAUCUGGUUAUCUGGAAGAACGUCUUCCUAUAAUGUUCAUACAUGUGCCGCCCUGGUUCAGAAUGAGAUAUCCCCAGUAUGUGGAAAACCUAAAGAUCAACCAGAAUCGGCUGUCCUCAAGCUUUGAUCUUCACCUAACCCUGCACCAUCUGCUCCAGCUCAAUGCCACCUCUAUGGCGGAUUUCAGUCCCAAGCUCCAGGCAUCGCAGUGUAAAAGCUGCCAAUCCCUGUUCUUCCAACUUCCGUAUGACAGGAAUUGUUCCCAAGCGGGAAUCGGUGAAAAGUGGUGUUCCUGUGAACCCACUGAAACGGUGACCAACCAGGUUCUCAUUAAAAAAGUGGCUCGCGAGGUGGUGCGUCAUAUGAACGAGCAUUUGCGUAAUCGAAAUCUUACUAAGCUAUGCCAGAAUUAUACUUUGAAGAAGGUCCUUUACAUGGAUGGCAAACUCGCACCCACCGAUGACUCCCUCGAGGACGAUCAGCUGCACACGUACAUAAUCACAUUCGACACCAAUCCGACUUCGGCGCAUUUCGAGGCCACUGUACAGUGGAACAUGGAAAGGAACACCCUGACUAUGAAUAUGGACGAGCUGAGUCGCUUGGAGUCCUACGAUAAGCACAGCAAGUGCACAAGGGAUCCAAUAGUCAAGAAGUAUUGUAUAUGCAAGUCAUUUAAAUAAAAAUGUUAAGAGUUU